UCAGGCAUUUCAGGUUUUAUCCAAGAUCACAAAAGACAGUAAUCUUACUGUGGAAAACCUGUGCCGCCUGAAGCCGUUGCUCUCUGGUCUCUUCCCUGCUGUGCUCAGAAACCUCCAUUGGUCUGAUUUCAGUGAGGAGCACUGUCCGUGCUGGAGAACACUCCAAACUGAUCUUAAGCCUGGACACAGAGCCAUGUUAUUCAAUGCCAUGCAGGAGGCUCUCCAUAAAGACUCUAGGAACUUCACUCAGCAGGCAAACUGUCUGCUUCCCUUUGUCCCUCUGAGAAAGCUGAUACAGGCCAUGAAUGGUGGGACCAUUUGGAGAGGCAUCAGCGCAUACAGAGACAUACAGUGGUCUUCUCAGCAGACUCAGUUUUUGUUUAGACAGAUCCAUGAAUUCAAAAACGUCACUAUCAAGAUGGUGAAGUAAGUCUGACCUGCAGCAUAAACACUCCAAACGUUGACUUUCGGUGCAGACACACAGUUAUAAUCAACAAUGACCUGUCUGCUGCCAACAGAGAUCUGGGUCAUAUUGCCGCUGGAAUGAGUUGUGACUUUCUAAAGUGUUGGAUCAACCACACAGAUUUUACUGAGUUACUUCAAUUUGUGAGUGAACUGCCUGGAGGUCCAAGACCUGCUCUGCAAAAGUGCAUUGUGGACGAACUGCGGAAACAACCUGAACUGGAACUCAGUUUUCUGAGUUCUGGGUUUGCAGCAACCUUACCAGUGACAAUGGUAGACAACUUGUCUAAUGCGUCUAUCAGAGGAAUCCUGAGCCACAUUCAGCUUGAAUUUCUUGAUUUCCUGAGAUUGCCUCACUAUAAGCAGACAAAUUUAGCUGAGAAGGCCUUAUCUGAGCUGGACUCUUCCCUGGCUGAGGAGAAGAUUGAUGGGGCUGUUCUGGAUGUCCUGGGGCCACUGUUGCCUUUCUUGGACAGAGACAGUCUGGCUCUGGUGGACAGAGGAGCACUGGCUCUGCGGCUGGAAGAGAUGAGGAGUUUCUGUCUUCCCAAAGAAGCCCUCAGAGACAUUAGUGACCUUCUGACUCGGACAGACCUGCUAGGAGAUCCAUCCAAAUGGCAAGUUGGGGAUAUUGAGCAUCUGGGCAGGUUGGUCUUUGGUCUCUCAACAAAACAGAUUGACUCAAUUCCCUUGACAGUGUUAAAUCAGAGCACAGUGGAGCAGGUUCUUGUGAGUCAAAAGUUUUGGGAGAAGAGUCUGGUCGGUGGAAUCUGUAUGAGUCGGUGUGUGGACCAACAGUACCACAGAAAGCAAACCUGGAGCCUAAUUCGAGGAAUUGUCAAAGCACGGAGCAGAAGGGCAAAAGUGCCAGCUCCCAGCUGUGCAGACAUCAGAGGAACAUUCCCUUCAGCUUGGACCCCCACCCAGCUUCGCCGUAUGUCCGUAGAUCAGCUGAAGGAUUGUGUGGAAGUUUUUGGUCAGAAUCCGUCUCUGAGCUCCAAGCAGCGACGUGCGCUGUGGGGGAAACUCAGGCAGUCCUUCAGUCCGGUGAGGGAGCUGAGAGUGGAUCAGGUGUUAGCUCUUGGAUCAGUGGUCACAGAAAUGGGGGACAGAGAGCUGCAGGAUGCCAGUCUUACUGAUCUCGGUGUGCUGGCACAUCUGGGCACACUGACGAACUGGGCUCCUCGAAAGAUGAGAGCAGUGGUUUUAAGUGUGAUGCGGAAGAGCAGACUAAAAGUGGAGCAUUUAACGGUUGUUGAUUUGGCAACGCUGGGCCAUCUAAUCUGUGGUCUGCAAGCCUCGGAGAUCAAACGCCUGAGCCCAUACAACCUCAGUGUAGCUGUUAUGUUCCUGCGGGAAAUGACCCUGCCGUGUACAGAGCAGCAGAUGGAGGCGCUCACAAACUGCCUGGCCAGAGCAGAGGCCUUUGGUCCUGUCAGUGCUUGGGGGCCUGAGAUUUUCACUGAAAUCGGGACACUUGCAGCGGGUCUGCCUGAUAUAGUGCUGUCAGCUCUGCUGCGAGAACAAAUGGAGGGAAUCACCCCCGAAGCUGUGGCACUGAUGUCUCCGAAAAAAAUUGCAGUGGUGUUCAGUGCAGAACAGUUAUCAUGGCUGAGUGUGGAGCAGGCGUGGGCCGUGACAGAGGAGCAGUGGGCAGAGCUGAACGCGGAGCAGAGGCAUGCUGUUGACCUGGCACGGUAUGAAGGAGACGUCCUGAUGGAGCUCAGAGGACGAAACUCUGCUUCAUCAGCUCUGAACACAAAGAGCUUCACUUUAUGCUCACUGGCUGUGGGCUUUUUGUUACCACAGCUAAUUUAAACAAUGGAACAAAAUUUGAUCCUAAAAAUGACUUCUGCUGGUAUUGUAUUUG